GCCUGUAGUACCGAAGUAGCAGCAGCGAGCCUUUGGUCUUCAUCUGCUGCGUCCAUUUCGUCGAGGGAAGGGCAAAGCUUUUCGACUGCGGGAGAUUGCUAUAUUAGGAGUCUUCAGAGGCCAAGUUGGUUUUGCAAGCAGUGUCUUACAAUCCGCAUAAUUUGUGUGGCACGAGCGUCGGCGAGAGGGCUGCUAGCAGUACAGGAGUAGGAGAUGCAGUGAUCAUUUCGCCGCCAUCUUCCGGCGAGGUGCCCUCAGACCACGGAAACCAUGCUGAGGGGAAGCUUACUUACAUUAAUACCGUUGGAGAAUGCUGCCCACCAAAGUCAAACCUUCAGACAAGACGAUACUUCUGUGGUCGGCCACAUAGGAUUGGCUCCUAGCAUACGGCAGCAGCAUGGCGCAACAUCAGUAGUGGCGAAAACAGCAGAAGCUUCAACAGGACGUGGACGUGCUUCUGGAAGUAGUCAGCUUGCUACAGAGGAAAUUCACCAGAAAACAUGGACUUGGACGAGGUCGUCGCAUGGUAACAACCAAACAGCGUGUCAAUGGCGAAGACGGGAGAGAUCACGACAGAUCUGCAACUCCUGUUCAAGAAGAACAUAG